AUGGAGAAGAUGUCCGCGACACGCAAGAGCCGCACGAUCUUUCAAUCCCUGGGAUUUCUCUUCUACAUCUCCAGGGUCAUGGGAAUCAUGCCCUACUCCAUUGGCCACUUCUUCAGGGAGAAGAAGCUGCGGCCGUCCAUCGUGGCCAACAUCUGGUGCUGCAUUGUGCUGCUGAACCACACGCUCUUGUACCACUUCGCCACCUGGAGUUCAUCCUUGGAGAUGGGCGGCUCGCAGAGCAACACGCUGACGAUCGUGAUCGGUGUAUUCAUCAUCUAUAUGGAGCCCGCACUGAUGGUGACGGACAUCAUCUCGAUGAUGGUGAACCAGCGCGAUCUGAUCCAGUGCAUGGAGCGCCUGCAGACGGUGGACGAGAAGCUGCGCAAGGAGAACAUCCCGCUGCACUACAAGAGAGUCGUCACACUGGUCAACAUAAUCCUCGUGGUGGCAUUGGCGUGCGAGAUCAUCCUCAUCUCGUUCAACUACUUCCUCUUUGAGCUCACGGAGGACGCCAUUGUGGCCUCCUUGUCCUGGUUCCUCACCGCGCUGCCGCUGAUGACCAACAGCGUAGCCAGAGUGUGGUACAUCGCCCUGGUCUGCUUGGUUCGCCAGCAAUUCCUGGCCAUCAACGAGUACUUCAUGCACACCCAGGAAGUCUUCCUGGAGAUCAAGCUCAAGUACACGGACAAGAAGGCCAGCAGCGCCGAGAAGAGUCCAAAGGUGGAAAUUGUGGGCUAUCUGGAUAGAGAGAUACUCACCAAGCAGCGCUCCACCCCUGAAAAACCCCCGCAAACAACCUUUCCCAAUCCCCCAAUCCAAGUCCAUCCCACUCAGCCAGCCACAAUCCGCGACACUCUGCUGGCCUUCACAGUCAACGAGAAGAACUUUUCCGUGGGCGACAAGAUGGACAAGAAGCUGAUCCUCAUCUGUCGACUGCACGACGAAGUCUGCGAAAUCGGGAAGCUGGUGAACAAGAUGUUCGGCUUCCAGAUGCUAAUCACCAUGGCUUACGGCUUCAUGAGCAUCACCGCUCAGUUCUACUUCCUCUACUGUGGCCUGGUGGGCCAGAAGAUCCCCAUCCUGUUCAGAAAUGCCCAGAGCUUGUGGAUCUCGUGCAUCUUCAUCGCCUUGACGGCGUGCAAGUGCAUCAGCGUGAUCUACGUGAGCUGGAAGACAAAGACGGACGCCCAGAAGAGCGGAGUGCAUCUGCACAAGAUAGCCAACGUGGUAGAUGAGAACCAUUUCUACCACGUCGUGAACCAUCUGUCGCUCAAGCUCCUGAAUCACCACCUGAACUUCACGGCGUGCGGCUUCUUCGACUUGGACAUGACCACCGUGUACGCCAUCACGGGCGCCAUCACGUCCUACCUCAUCAUCCUCAUCCAGUUCAACCUGGCGGCGCAGAAGACGCGCAGCAUCGCCAACAACGGCACCAGCACCAACUCCAGCGCGCUCAACACCACAGAAAGACCGUGA